AGUUCGACUGCUCUAAGCGUAAGCAUUACAAAAAUGAAACUUUUGCUAAUACUAUUGACGCUCUGUGCUGGCAUUUGGCUCAGUGCAGCAGAGGGUGGUUUACUGAGCCACAUACUCCAUCGGGGUGCGACAACAUCGACGACACCAACAACUACCACAGAGAAAGCACGCCGACCGUUUUAUAUAAACAACAACUUGCCACAUGUGGAUCCGGGUUGCAUUGCGCAUUAUUCAUGCGGCAAGAAGCUGACAAACGUUGCGGCACCUCGGCCCUGUGUUAAAUACUGCCUGAAACGCAUCGAUUGCCCCAACAACGAAAAGAUUCGCGGCAAGCCAAAUCAGUGUGUGGAACUCGAUGAGACCCAAGUGUUGGCCGACUACGAAUCCACCCGGACGAAACAACCAACGUCGGAUGGGGCAACAACCGAGAAAAUUAUGGAGGUGGCCAUGAUUGAUUUUCCCUGUCAGCCCGGCUAUUUGCCCGACAGUCGUGGACGCUGCCGUGAGAUAUGGUGAUUCAGGUUAUAAAGCUGGAAAAACCCCUAUAAAAGUCAACUUUGCAUAGCACAGACACACUUCAAUUAUGACUUAAUAAUAAAGCUAAAAGAAAACAUUUAUACAACAGUCA